CGCGGGUAAAUUAAGCCACCGAGAUGAGAUAGGGUACGUGAGAAACAGUGAGUGCAUGCACGCACGUAUGCCUCGAUGGAAGGCGUGUCCAUUUGCAGUCCCCUCUGUCAGCAUCCGAGUUGCUGGCUGGCUCUGCGCAGGAGCUUGGUAAAGGGAACGGGGCAGGCGCAAGGCGAGGCGAACAGAUGUAGUCACCCAGUCACACGCGACUCUAACGCUGAUAAGACCACUGGCGAUGGUAGCCUGCCCGUUGUCAAGGUGUGGGAUUUGUUGGAGACGUACGCACGCUCUUCGGUCGGCCUGCCGGAAGAUUUCAACAGUCCGUGGUCUUACCAGCCGUCUCCAGUCGACAAGAAGAAACGUUACGAGAAAUGGAAGCAGAAAAAGGUGAAGAAGCAGGAUCGAGAGCAGACGAUAAAGUCGAACCUGACCUCUACUAGCACGGCGAGUUUUCAGGUGCUUGCUCCAGAACUACCGGACGCGAGCAGCCGCAAGCAGUUCUACACGUGGGUGCCUCCCUCGUCGACUAGGAAGCCCCUACAUAUACCAGCAAAAAAACCUAAAGAGGUGCAUGUUAGAGAUUUAACAGGAGAACUGAUGCCCAGUGACAUGGCAAGCAAGCAUGUCUGUAGAGUGCAUCGAAAGAGCAACCGCUCACAGGAGGGGAACUACGAAGCGCACGGCUACUGGAGUAGAGUUCUCAACAAGAUUUACGGGCUGGAUGACAUGCUGAACAUGCCGGAACAACUCCUGCUCCGGAUAUUAAAGUCUGCUGCUCAUAGUCAGGGAAGGGUCUUCGGACGGGGAUGCGGGUUCGCGCCGCCGGCGUUCGAGGGCUGUGACGACGGGGAAAAUGAGGACGUACCAGAGGGCGCCGGCUCCUCACGCCCCCGUCGACCUCCGCUGACAUGCUGCUGGCGUCAGAGGGCGGUUCACGAUCAGGCGCAGGGGACCCGCCGGAAAACCUUUCCCGAACCUCUCGAGGAGAUGUGA